AUGGAUCCACCGAUCUCCUCGACCGAGGACAUCUUCAGCAAUCUCGAUAUCUUCUGUGAAUGGAACGGCAACCCGGAAGAACCCGUGGGUGUGACCAUCAAUAUUGACUCACAGGCGUGGGGGCUCCCAAACCUCAAUUUGCCGAUUCUCAACGUCCACUAUGCCAGCGUCGUCAAGGGUCCAUCACGAUUCGUCUACCUGAAGACAGACCGACCACCAAAUAUCACUGAUACUUUCCCGCCUCCUGCAGCGCGUUCUGUGAGGAAUGGUACGACAAAUCAUUCUCGCCAUGCUUCGGAGAUUGAAAGCGUGAUCCACAAUCUUGAACCAAAGAGUGUGGAAAGCCCUACUCCCCAAAAUAGAAUACCUACCACAGAUACCCUCGGUCCUGCCGUCACUGGUUUGCAGAUACUACCCGAAGUCGACUCGGACGGCGCGACUUCGCCGAGAUCUCGCAAGAGAUCUGCCAAGGCUGCUUCUCUGCCUGACUCAAUUCCACCCGAUGAGGAUCUUGCUGGGAGCCGACACAAACUGUUGAUGACAGAGACGGAUUCCGAGGUAUACCCACUCUGGGACUCGCCGCAUGUUGCGCAAAGUCCUUGCUCCAUUCCUCUUCCUGUCUCGGAUGGGACUGGUGAAAGCUCACCCGAGAAGCCUGAAUCAGUUCAACUGUUUGCCCAGACGCUUGGAGUCAAAUCCAAGGGCUUGAUUCCUGAAGGUCAGAGUGGGGCAUCUGACAGCCUCCCUGACUAUGAAACUCCCGUCAUCAGCCCAGACACAUCCCCCAGCAAAACGAGAGGGGAUGACCAUGGAAUCAUAGGUGUUGACUGUCUUACCCAAGAGAAUCUGGUCGUUCUAGACAACCAAUCCGAAUCUUUGCGCGUAUGUGACGGAAGUCUCGCUGAUGCCGAAGGCAGUGACAAUUCAGCAGAAAUACCACCGCUGUCUUAUGAAGCCAACAGGAGCUCCUACGAUUUUAUGGCGAAUCAUGUGCCCCAGUCGAUGCCAAACUCUCAGUCCUCCGAGAAAGGUGAUAAGCAUGAUGAACCCAAUCUUGCUUUAGAAGAGGAUAUUAUGUACUUCCGAACUCCUCCUGGAAUUCUGCCUAGGAUAUAUCAAAUCGGUAUCACGCUCGAGGUGAUCUUGAGGAAGGGGAAGUCGACAGAUUGGUGGGAGUUAGAUUUGAGAGGCCUGCCUAUGCUCGGCAAUUCGGAGUCUGGAUACCUCUACUUCCGCACCAACCCCGGCCAGGGCAUGGAAUUCGGUACUCAAACAUUCAAGCGAACCACCGUGGUGGAAAAUUGCUUGAUGGCGCAGUUCGUGCCGGGAAAGAACCUUGUGAUUCCACUGCGAAACUGCAACGCCGAACACUACGGGUUCAUCAAUGACUACAAGAUCAACUCUGUGAUCCAUUCCGAGAUCUUCCAUAACACAUCAGGCUAUACCAUUGAAUACACUGCCAUUUGCUCUGUCGAUCUCAUCAACCACAGGUUCUGGAGCGAGCAGUGCAGUUUCCGCAUGUUCGUGCACGGUGGCCAUGAUGGCAAAUACAGUGGUCGUCUCGACGCCGAACACAGAAACGCCGAAAGAGAAAGCUGGUCAGCCAAGCCUUGCCUCUAUCACCUGUGGCUGGAUCCACUUCCAGGUGCGGAAAUCGGCGUCUCACGCGUCGAAUUGACUUGUCCACCCGCUUCACUGGAUAUGUUCGCUGUGCAGUGGGAAGUCAGUGUUCCCAGAGGGAAGGUUAUGACCAUGCCUCGGAUCAAAAACACAUAUGAAAAUGAAGCUGAGACCAAGCUUCGAAACAUAUUUGACUUUGUUGACCGUGAACGGUAUGUUCUCGCAGAACCUUGGGUGCCUGGUCCGAAUCGAACUUUUUGGGACAUGGCAUCGUUGAAGAGACCCUCGUCAUCUGCCCACACAAAUAUAGCUGUUCGGCGAAACGAUGUGAAUGGCUCAACUGCGAAGGAUCUCGCUGUUAAACCAGCUGUCGUCACGAGUAUCUCUGUCACCGAACCAGAGGGGCCAGAGAACCGAGAGGAGCUAGAGGAGCCAGAGAAGCCAGCUGAGCCCGAGAACCAAGAGGGGCCAGAGAGAUCAGAGAGACCGAAGAAGUUACACACCACUUUGCAUUAUUUGUGGCGGAUGAUGAAACUUCUGACAUACGCAUGCUGGCUCUUUUCAACCUUGUACCAGGCUUAUUUAACCUACCUCUCUCUCCACAAUGAUUACACGACGUACGACUCGGUGAGCCUGGCCCAUAGCGGUGGGUCUAUCCCUGAGAUUCAGAAUUCCGCUCAAGCAGAUGCGGAGAGUGGUGACAUUCCAAGUCUUCUUGACAAUGGCUCAGAGCAAGAAGAAGUUUUGCCCAUGAUCGCCGAGCCAGAGCCGGAGCCGGAGCCAGAGCCAGAGCCAGAGCCGGAGUCAGAGCCCAUGCACGUUGGAAAGCCACACACUGGCAUCCCCAGUAGCGAGGAAAUGUCGCUGAGAGAUCGAAUUGAUUACUUCCUGGGGUGGAAGGGUCCCAUCGCCGAAGAGUGA